AGAGCGAGUAUUGCGCAGUCUCACAACGCCGGCCUUGCCUCGUUUCAUCAGACAACCAGAAAGAUAACGGAACAGCGGGAGCAUCUCCCAGAACUAGCUUGGAGCCUUGCUAUUGGUUCUGCUGCGAAGUGGUGCGCCAUGUGCGCCAUCCCCAAAAUACCUUGAGAGAGAGUGCUUCUUUACCUUGACCUGACGUCUAGUCAACUGCGGAGUAAUAUCAAGGCUGCUCACCUCACGUCUGCGGCAGCAAGAUGUAUAAGCCGCUGCCGCAUUGCUGGUGCUGGUCCCUGUGUCGGCAAUGGACGUGGCACUACUUUUCUGAUCACACGUCAGUUCAGUAGGAUGAAGGAUAUCAAUCCUCUAGCACCACAGUACAUCUAACCUCGCAAUGCACCAUGAUUCCACUUUCCAACCUGCCGGAACAACCUUGAGCGUCGGCUUCCAACCGCCGGCGAUAGCCAGCUGCCUUGCUUGCGGCCACGGCUACCUUUCUGGCGCAAGACACUUCGAUUCUCUCCUUGAGGAUCGAAGGGUUUUAUCAGACCUGACGCCUCGCAGUGUCCGUGCCGUCCUCUUUCAACCGAAGCAGCCGGAACAUUAUCGUCAGGGGCCAGCAUGCACCCCACCAUCCAAGGCAGACGCAGAGAGUUUGUCUCGUGCUCAAUUGUCUGUUUCGGUCGUAAAGGACCCUGCGACCUAUAAUCUGCCACGAUACUAUCUUAUAUCAUCGAUAGGUUCACCGCAGCGUUGCAGCAUCUCGGGCGCUUAUCAAGCGUGGAAGCUCGCUGGCUGUACGUGCCUCACGCUGAUGCGGCGCGGACGACGACGUGAUAAGAAGCCGAUAUGGUCUCAGAGUAGCGGUGACGUGCCAUGUCUCAAGAGGCCGCCUGUGCUUCUAAUGCAACGUGCUUUGACCCAUCAGGUGCGCACGCCUUUUGGCAAGAGAUGAGCGUGCUGGAAGGGCAGCAGCGCAACCGGUUCAUGAUCUGCGAGGCUCUGUCAACAUCAAGCAAUGCUCGG